AGAACCUGCAUCGAAUUAUCGGUGAUCAUCAUCACUGUGGCGGUGUUUAGUGGCAGAAUGCAGACCGCCUACAGUUGACCGUGGCGUCGGGGAGAUCAUCGGGCGCAUUCCACGGCUCCGCCUUAUCUGCACUGUGCCCCAAGUCCUGGACUUCUUUUGUACAUUGUCACCGUCAGUUGAGAGCAUAUAUAAGCAAACAUGUCCGCUCAGAACUCCGCAGGCAUUCAGACCCUCCUCGAUGCUGAGAGAGAGGCUCAAAAAAUUGUCCAGCAAGCUAGAGAAUACCGCACAAAGCGCAUAAGGGACGCGAAGUCAGAGGCGCAAAAGGAAAUCGAAGAAUACAGAAACCAGAAGGAACAAGAAUUCAAGAAAUUCGAGGCUGAGCACUCGAGCGGAUACAAGAAGGCCGAAGAGGAUGCGAAUAAGGAGGCGGAAGUGAAACUGCAGGAAAUCAAAGAAGCCGGAAACAGCAAGGGCGCUAAGGUUGUCGAAGACCUUAUCACUGCCCUGACCGAUGUGAAGCCUGAAGCCUCAGAGAAGAUUGUUAGCCAAGCAUAGAACUGCAGUAAUGGGAUCUCUCUAGCAGCGCUAAGGGGAUAUAUUUAUUUGGGCUUACUGUUUUAAAUGAUGUGAAUAUAGCGUCUGUUCCAUUGCUUUGGUUCAACCGUGUCUAAUUUCAUCCAAGCCAGCUCCAGCAGAUGUUACAACGCUGGACAGCGCCUACUUCAGCCUGAGGCAAGACCUAGGUCGCGACUCUAUAUAGAUGAGCUGUUUCUUCAAAUGCCAUUAAGCUCAGACGGAUCUACCCGCAUAGCAGAUCCCAUAUUAAAAAAGGCAAGCGAAUCAAAGUUAUAGGCAUCUAACUGUACAACCGGCAGUCCCAUGCUUACAUUACUCCCUCAAGCCAAUACUCGUAGAAGGCUCCCAUACAUGUAAUGUAGCUUUUCAGGCCUCACGCAUACGUCAC